GCCACCAAAGUGAGCGGCAGAGCCAGCGAAAAGCUGCGAAUGCGAAGCGCACAGUAGAAGGGAGUGGUACGUCAAAAACUGACGCACAGCGGCAGGCCAAAAACACAAGUCCAUAGUUUAACACCGCACACGCCACGCAAAUAAAAUAAUAAAAACUGUAAAAUACACAUAAAACUAAAGUCCAAAAGAAUUCGUCAAAAAAUCCAAAUCAAAAAAGUGCAAAUUGAAUAUGAAAUCUAUGAAUCGGUGGUAAAGAAAGAAAGAAAAACGUCGAAAACCGUGUGUGUGCAAAAAAAUACAACACCUUUUGGCAGGCCUCACAAAUCAGAGCGAUGGAUUUCAAUUCACAAAACAUUCGACAAGUGCAGAGUGAACAAGUUGUUGUUGCUGAAACAACGAACGGAAAAACGGAAAUUAACUUUAAAAAUCACCAAUAAAUUCAAAAAAUCCCCAAAACAAAUCAUGUGAUAAAUCUCCUUUUCAGUUUAUAAGAACAAGGACCUUGAUUGCUAACGGUAACGGCAAAGGAGCAUUGCAACUGGCAACCAGCAAACCAGUAAACCAGCAACCAGCAACUAGCAACCUGCAACUAGCAACGCAACAACGAACGCCAGAUACCUUCAAAUUGUGGCAAAAAGUGAAUCUUUGGCCAGCGUUAUAGCGGAUGUGGCAGGGGGAUCCACCGUGUGGAAGGAGGAUGCCAGCCAUCCGGCGAGCUAAAGGCCAAAAUAACAACAACAAGAAUAUUGGGGCAAAGGAAUCAAAGCUGAAGGAGCAACCGCAGCGAAACUCUCGAGGCAACUCAUGUCAAUGUCAAAGUUGAAGUUGAAGUAGAGAAAAGGGCCAAAACUACGACUACGGUUCGGCCAAAAACACAAAAAAAAAAAACAAAAAAAAAACGGGGACAAAGCUAAAGCUAAAGCAUUUUAAACUGCAGACGUCAAAGAAGGUUGUGCUACAUCUACAUAGCAAAUAUAAUAAAAAUAAAAAAAUAAAAAACCCAAAAAAAACAAAAAUAUUUAAGCUUAAGAAUCCCGAAACCAAAAACAAAAUCAACCCCAAAAGCCACACAAAAAAAGAAACCCGCAAAAACCAAGACAAACAACCAGCGGGGGAUCCCCCGGAAUUGUGAUUGCCGGAAGCUUCAAGCUGGCAACUGGCAUCUGUGGCGUGCGGCAAGGGCAACGGUGACCCGUUAAAUCGUUCAACAUGUCCGUGGACUUUAUACUGCCCAAUCGCAACAAGAUCCAAACGAUUGCCUAUGCGAGUGCCAGCAAGAAAUAUGUGGCAGCCGGAUCGCCGGCAGGAUCCGGAGUAGGCACUGCUGCUCCCGGAGCUGCUGACCUGCAGAGCUGGCGGCGUCCGAAGCCAAGGACCCCCGGCAUUCGCAAGCCGGAGGAUAAGCCGCCGCCAGUUACAGCCAGCUCGGUGUUGAGAAACGCCAACGGAAAUGGCAACCAGGUGGCCCACAAACUGCCCCUGAAAUCCCUGGCCAAGCGCAACUCGCGGUCUGUGCUGAAGCGGGAGAUAAUCGAGCUGGAGGACGACGAGGAUGUGGAGGAGGAGGAGCUGUGUGAGCACUUGGAGUGGUCUGCCGCCCAGUCACUGGUCCAGAUGAACUCCUCCAAGCAGGAGAAGCAGCGGCGGGCAGGAGCCACAGCUUCCAGCCACACUGCCUCAGUGGCAGGACCAGCGGCAUCCUCAGUGUCGAUGCGCCGUCCAGUGGGCCGAGCUCCGGCAGAGGAUGGCAAGGUCAUAUUCUACGCCCCGCCGGCGAGCGCCAGCGGCUUGCCCCGCCAACCGGAGCCGGUGACCUUGAAGCGGGAACGAGAGCGAGCCGCGAAGGAGCAACAAGUGGUUGCGGCCUCGAUAUACCGAGGUCGCAGCGUCGAGGAGACGGAGGCCGCCCACGAUCUGUUGUCGCUGUCGCAGAGUCUGCCACCGCUGAUCCCGCCGUGCGUGGUCACGAUCAUGAAGCAGGAGCAGGAGCAGCAGCUGCGCAGCCCGGAGAUCCAGGAGAUAUCGAACAGCAGCCACAGCCAUAACAGCAGCGCUUCCAGUCGUCGGUCGCCGCAGUCAACGAUCCGGUUCAUUGGCAGCAGUUCCUACGACCUGAUGAACGGAUCCGGGGACCCAGGAUCCUCUGCCAACCAGUGCUCGCCUCUGACGCCGCCCAACUCGGACCACAGCUCCGACGUGGACAUCGACAUGUCUUCCUCCUCGGAAUCGGGGAUACCCAACUGGGGCGGCAAGGUGGCCGCCAACCAGCAGCAGCUGCCGCCGAGGAACUCGACCCAGAAGAUGUGCCUCAACAUGCUCGACGGCAGGACCAAGGCAAGCAAGGCCAAGAGCCAGGAGCAGCCCAAGAGUGUGGCAACCGCGCCGGCGGUCGCGCCACCAGAGUCUACCCCCGUAGUUGGUGGGAAUUCAUCGUCGGGAAGCGGAAGCGGAAGCGGAGAGAACUACGCCAAGCGGAAGCGCGGCUGCUACAAGUGCUGCGAGUGUGGCAAGCAGUACGCUACCUCCUCGAACCUGUCACGCCACAAGCAGACCCAUCGCUCCCUGGACUCGCAGUCCGCCAAGAAGUGCAAUACCUGCGGCAAGGCCUACGUCUCCAUGCCGGCCCUGGCCAUGCACCUGCUGACGCACAAGCUCUCGCACAGCUGCGACAUCUGCGGCAAGCUGUUCUCCCGCCCGUGGCUGUUGCAGGGCCACCUCCGCUCCCAUACCGGCGAGAAGCCCUACGCCUGUGUCCACUGCGGCAAGGCUUUCGCCGAUCGCUCCAAUCUUCGGGCCCACAUGCAGACCCAUUCGGGGGACAAGAACUUCAAGUGCCACCGUUGCAACAAGACCUUCGCCCUGAAGUCGUACCUCAACAAGCACCUGGAGUCGGCCUGCCUUCGCGACACCGGGGCCAUUGGAGUUGGCCACUCCAAGAGCGUGGACGGGGAUCAGGAGGAGGAGGAGGACGAUAACCUGAGCAGCAAGCAGGACGACCUGGACGACCUGGAGAUGGACAGCGACGAGACCAGCCAGGACAUUGUGGUGGCCUAGGCCGAGGCCAAUGUCGAGGCCUAGGCUCAGCUCUGUCUCAGAUGAUACCCAAAAACUCAAAAUACUUUAAUACCAGAACCCUAAAAGCAAUACUCGAGCACCCUUAUCAAAUUAAAACCAAAACAAAGCAAACAAAAAGCCUAAAAUGGUAAAAAUAAAACCAAAAACCAAAAAAAAAACAAAGAAAUGAAAUCAUAAAAUUAAAAUCUAGUCUAGAAAAAGGCUUACUAGCGGAGUAGUUCAUUAAAUUGAAGGAAUGCAGCAGAAAUGGAUCUCAAUUCUCUCUCUAUCUCUCUGAAUAGGAACUUCUUCAAGCAGUUAUAUAAACUCCUAUAUACAUAUAUAUCUACCCACUUAUAAUCUGAACUAUCCAGUCUCUCCAAAGUUGCAACUUUCACCGAAACCGAAAACAUAAACCAAAAACCAAAAACUAAAAACUAAAAGCUAAAAAUUCAAAAAUCAAUUGAGGAAUGAGGAGGAAAGAAAGGCGAACAAAGAAAACAAAAGGUUUGAGAAGGAAAUCCAAAACGUAACUUAUAGUAAAAAUCCGACACAACGAAUAUUAUGGAACAUAAGUAGAAAUUCUAUAUAUAUAUAUAUAUACACAGAUCAAAUAAGCAUUAUAUACAGAUGAGGAAAGGAUGAAGGGAAAGGCAACAAAAAAAAUAUAUAUAUAUGUAUACAUAUGACCUAUAUGAAGAAUAAUACCUAGCGAGCAGAACCAAUUUGCAUGUUUUUUGGUAAAAAAAAAAUAUCUACUUUUAGGCAUCGUUUUAGGGCUCUAGAGUUUAUAUACACCCCUCCCAAGAACACACCCAAAACACACCCGAAACACACACACACACAGUAGCCACAAGCCUCCAGAUAUAUAUGAUAUAUAUCCAGUUCGAUCGGCGAAUAAGGCUCGGGGUUCAAUCUUAGCAAAAAAAAAACUAAUCAAAUAGUGAACUUAUCGUCGCACUUCCUGCAACUCCUCAACUACAACAAUAUUAUAUAAAGUAUCUCUUGCUCUUAGACUCUUUUUAACCGUACUCAAAUGGACAAGUAGCAAUCGGAAAUCAGAUCAGAUCGGAUGAUAUAUACUCCAACGUCGAACAAUUUUAAUGAAACAACUUUACAACUCUAACCAGUUUAAGAUGAGAUUACUUCCAUAUUAUGCUCUAAACUCGAUAAACAGACAACUACUUCAAUUACUUAGAAAUGAUUAAAAUUAAUGAAUGAAAACAAUUUAGAAACAUAUCACAAGGACAAUACUUAACAUAAAUAAUAAAAUAAAAAACAAAAAGAAAAAAUACAUUCGAAAUAUGAAAUAUUUAUAAAUUGACAAUUACAAAGCAAGCAUUAGGCGGUGCAUCCGACCCCAAAUUAAGACAUUCUCAUACACAGCAACAAAAAGUACUUACGGAAUAGUUAUUUUAUUACUAGCAUUAGACCCCAUGACUCAUGUACAUAAAAUAAAAAUAAAAUUAAACCAUUUUAUACAAGAAACGAAUCUCCCUGCACCCCAAAAUCCAAAAAUCUCCCGCAAUAUCCCCUCAAGCUUUGGCCCAGCCAAAGGUUUCUUAUAAAAACCUACCAUAUUCAUAAAGAAUACUCCCCUGAGAAAUAAUUAAAAAAUCAAGGUUGAUUGUAGAUGUAGAGGACGAGAUGACGCACUUGUAAAACAAAUGAUAACUAAAAGCAAUUCCAAACUUAAGUGACAUAGUUUUUAACGAAGAAAUUAAGCAUAAUAUUAACUAUAUAAAUAAAGGUAAAAAUUUGUAAUUCUACAAAUCGAGAAGUAUUGAUAUAUACACAAAUAUGUAUUUAUUUUAUGCGUAGUUUUUAUUCCGAAAACCGAGUAACUUAAAAGCAAAAUGGCAAACCGAAAAAACCAAAAACCCAAAAGAGUAAACUUAAAAACAAUUUAAUUAUAUAUUGUCAAUUACAAUUAUUUCAUAAUUUAAGAAUUGAUGGAACGAGGAGACGGACGCUGAUAGAGGUUAUUUUUUAAAGCAUAUAUAUACACAUAUAUUACCAAAAAAAAAAAUAUAUUUAAAAGAGGCAGUUUUAUAUCGAAAUUAAUAAUAGUAAAUGCAAAGUAACAACAAAAUAUUGAAAACCAUUCGAACUUAAUUAUACAACGAGCAAGAAACCAUUAAUUAUAAAUCCCCAAAAAGAAAAACAAAAUAUUAAUUUAUAAAAACCAAAACUAAAAAAAAAAACAGGCACUCACACUUGUACGCCCACAAUUUUAUAUAGCGAGAUUAUAGAAAUCAUGGCCGAUUGUCGCAUUCUAUAUAUAUAGCAGCAUAUAUAGCAGCAGAAUAUCGGGGAAGUUUAGAAUUUAGACCAGAGAGUGCUAUGUGCAUUGUUUAUAGGGCCAUAGUAUGAAAAUCGUGUUUAUGCAUGGCUUUAUUGAUGAUUAUUGAUAGCGUUUUAAAUAGCAUUAAAUGCCUAUAUACACAUAAGCAAAAACCAACAACAAAAGCAAACCGAGAAAAGCAAAAAUAAAAAUAAAAAAUUAAAAAAAAAACUUAUAUAAGAAAUUCCAUUGAACAGUAGUGGUAACAAUUAUGUGAUUUGCAAUUUUACAUUCAAAAUAUAUAUGAAAUAAUUACGAAUAUAAAUAGAUUAUAUAUUGAGGCGAGCGUUUAAUUGAUUUAUUUAUGAGUAAGAUUUAUUUAUACACAUUAUACACCACAAAAAGUAAAAAAAACGUGAAACUAAAUGACAAAAAUUACAAAAAAAAAAACAUUUUUGAAGAAGGAAAAAAUGAAAAAAUUCUAAAAAAGAAAAUAUUUUUACACAAAAAUCUUGUUUUUAUACACGCGGCUAAUUAAUCCCAAAAAUACAAAUUCUAGUUCCCUGCAAAUACCUGCAAAUAUCAAUUGGAUCCCAAGAAAAACUAACACCCAGUCGGUUUUCGGUUUUAAAAAUAUGAAUUUUUAAACUUUAUUUCCAAAAAAUUCUUUUUCAAUACAGCUUUGCAAUAUGUUUAUAAAAUGUUUAAAAGGUUUUUCAGCAUUUCUGAUCAUAUAAAUGCAAUUAAUAGUUUUCUCACAGCAUUCGAGCUUAGUUUAUACACUUAAAAAAAAUAAUUGGAAAAACGACUGGCACACACACACAUACACAAUUCCAUGGAAGCGUCUAUGUUUUCAAAAUGAAAAAAAGACACCAAUUCAAUUUUGAUUAUUAUAUACAAUAAUGAUGGGCAAAAAUCGAAGGAUGAGAUAUUUUAUAAAAUGAAUGAUGAAUAACGUAAAGAUAUUAAUUUAUAUAUUCAUAUAUUAGAGAUGCAAAAAGACUUGAACAGUUAUAUACAUUUAAAAUUGCAAUAUAUUGUAUACUUCAUUAAAAAUAUAUAUACAUACAUACCGGCAUAUAUGCAACCACGUAUAUAAGUAUACAUAUUUAACUUAUUUAUAUAAAUGCUUACAGCGAACCAUAAACAUAACCAUAUAUACACCAUAAACCGAAUCGAAUCGAAUCGAAUUGAAACUCAAUUUUUUCCAAAGCAAGACGAUAGGAAUCCUCAAUACCCUCAAGUAACUCAAGAUCAAGAUCAAUUCAAGUAAUAUACUCAAUGACCACAUGUCGGCAGGUCCUUGUUCGUCCUGCCGUACAGGAAUAUAUAGCUAACGAUUAUAUAGAACAUAGAAUACAUAUGUAUGCAUGCAGAACACAAAACUCACACUCUCUCACACACACAUACACAAUGCCACGCCCACUCUCGAUGGAUGGCAGCGAUUUUAAGGCGUUGCCCCAAAAAAGGAGAAUUUUCACGGAUUUUCGUUUUCAAAAAAAAAAACAAAAAAAACGAAACACACAAAACAAGACAAAAAAGCUUAUAGAUUCGUUCGUUCGUUUGUUCUACUUUUAGUUAGAGAAUGUUCAAAGAUAGUUUCAGCUUUCGUAGGAGUUUAAUAAACACAACUAGAUGAUCCGAGAUAUACCUAUUACCUAUAGCUAUAAAAUAACCCUCCACACGCUCUUAGACUCAACACUAACCGACAACUACAGACAUACUCAUGCGAUUUUAUGGCAAAAUAUGUAGAGAAUAUAACCUAUUAUAUCCCAAAAAGGAAGCUAAUCCAUUCUUAAAAUAAUCUACACGAACGUAGCCAGUGAAAGAAAGCCAGAGAAGAAUCACACAGAAGAAUCCAAUGUGGAAACACACUCAAAAAGAAUACAAAACAGCAGAAAGACAAAAAAAAAAACAUAAAACCCCAGAAGAGUAUGACAUGGUGGGACGAUGGAUUAUAAAAUGUAGAUAUAUAGUUAUAACAGCUACACCCAGACACUAGUGCAGCCAUGUAACUAUUUCUAGAACCUCGGAAAUAAACAUACAUAAAAAAUA